AUCGUGAUGGCAGCCCAAGAGAGAGAGAGAAACAGAGAAGAGAGAGAGUCAAAGAGAGAUCUGAAAUGGUGAGGGCACCCUGCAUCGACAAAAAUGGCAUGAAAAAAGGGGCCUGGAGCGAAGAAGAAGAUAACAAGCUAAGAGAUUACAUUGAACGAUAUGGCCACUGGAAUUGGCGUGAACUCCCCAAGUAUGCCGGUUUGUCCAGGUGUGGCAAGAGUUGCAGAUUGAGAUGGAUGAAUUAUCUUCGACCGAGUGUCAAACGGGGAAAUUUUAGCAAGGAGGAAGAAGAUAUCAUCAUCAAAUUCCAUCAGGACAUGGGAAACAAAUGGUCCACAAUUGCUGCACAAUUACCAGGAAGAAGCGACAACGAAAUCAAGAACCAUUGGCACACCCAUUUGAAAAAACGCAGCACGAAACAUAAUCAUCAGGUUAUUCAUCAAGUAAAAGAGGAACCGAACUCUAACAUUCAACGGAUUAUAAACUUUGCUGGUUUACCUCCAAGUUUUGUGUCGACAUCGAGCGACAACAGAGUUUCUAACGAGUCAACAGCAUCACGCGGAGUUUCUGAUGACUCAACGUCUGGUUCCUGUGUACAGCAGCGGUUGUUAAUCGAUUUGAAUCAAGAAUAUGUAGAGUCAUGGGAAGAGUGUUGAUAUGGUUUUAGGAAGAAACAAAAGAUAGAAGUUACUGAUCUAAAAUAGGUCAAAUCUUUCUUUCCCCAAUUAGAGGAUCGAAAACUAUCCAAAAUGUUGUUAUAUACAUGAACAUCGAUUUCAUCAAGUUUUGAUAUAAAUUUGUUAUUUUAUCUAA